AUGUUACGCACACUGAAUUAUGAGAAACACAAAUCAGACGUACAUGUAUAUGUUCCUUUUAUUUAUUGGGGUUCAUUUGAGACACGAUCAGCAGCAAAUGAUCAUUAUCUUUUUUACUCAAAUCAAACAGAUUUGAGAAUAUAUAUGACAACGAUAAGACCAAUGGUUACUUGGUCUUUUCCUUUAUUUCAACAAAUUACUUCUUUAUCUAUAUUUAUACAAAAAAAACGUUUAUCAUUAUCGAAUAAUUUAUUGAAUAUUUUUAAAUUUCGUCAAACAAAUGAUGAUAAUAAUGAUGUACAAGAACGUUUGAGUUAUCUUUCACAAUUUGUUCAUUUACUCAAUAUAACUAAAAUACAAUUUGGAACAAAUUAUGAUAUAUCUCGAUGGAAAGAUAUUCAGUUUAUUCUACAAGCAUGUCCAAAUGUAAUUAAUCUUGUAAUUAAUACGCGAUUAUUAGUUUUUUCCAAAUUAAUCGAUAAUCAAUCUCUUAUUUCAGUUUUCAAAAAAAUUAAAAUGAUCAAAUCAAUAACAGAAAAAAUUUAUUUUCCUUCAGAUUUUGCAUCAAAAUUUGUUCAAUGUUUUCCAUCACUUAGUCAUAUUGAGCUUCAAGUAUUUUUAUUCGAUAAUUGUGUGUCUAUUAUUGAUAUAUUCCUUACUCAUCUAGAAAACUUGUCUUAUGUGAAAAUUAAUUAUUAUCAAGAUACGUUACUUGACGAUCCAUUUUCACAUGAUUAUAUUAUUGAAAAACGCCGUCAACUAUUUUCCAAUAAUAUUAUUCAUCAACAGAUGAUUGAUGUUCAAAAUAAUGAACAGACUAUAGAAAUUUGGUUAUCAUAA